AGACCGGCGGGGACCGACGCCUCACUGCCCCGCGUCACCUCCCAUCCAGCGCGGCCCAGCCCCCAGGCGUCCCCAGAGAAGUAAGCGUUAGCGUGGGGUCCCUGGGUCCCAGGCCGGUGACCCUGUGUGCGCCGCGACGGACGGACGUGACGGCCAGGUCCAGCCACUGAGGACCCGAGCAGAUAAAACUCAUCAACGCCCUGAAACAGACAGCUUUCAACCAAAGGUGUCAUCCUUUGAAGCUUAUCUACGUAAAGUCGACCUCAGGCCUUUGAAAGGCGAUGGUGAAAGAAAAAAAAAAGGGCCGAUAAAAAGGGGGAUAAGUCUGCCCGCUCUCCCUCAUCUCUGUCCGAUUAUCCAGAGUUUCCUAAACAAGAUGGCAACGCUGCCAGGCAAGAGAUGUCCCCAGGUGCUGUGCCACCACCGGACGUGCCGCUCAAAGAACCAGGACUCCACAGAGAGUUCAAAAACGAUCAAGUGCAGAGCGAAGACCCCACCCAGUACGAAGAGCCCAUUCUGACCAGACUCAUAGUUGAAAGCUACGAAGGGGAGAAAGUCCGUGGACUGUAUGAGGGAGAGGGUUUUGCCAUCUUUCAAGGCGGCUGUACCUACCACGGUAUGUUUUCAGAAGGACUCAUGCACGGACAAGGGACUUACAUCUGGGCGGAUGGACUGAAAUACGAGGGGGAGUUCGUCAAGAACACGCCCAUGAACCACGGCGUCUACACGUGGCCCGACGGCAGCACCUAUGAAGGCCAAGUGCUGAACGGCAGGCGGCACGGGUUUGGCCUCUUCAAGUGCCGCACGCAGCCCGUGUCCUACAUUGGCCACUGGUGCCACGGCAGGAGACACGGGAAGGGCUCCAUUUAUUACAAUCAGGAGGGCACGUCUUGGUACGAGGGAGACUGGGUUCACAACGUCAAGAAGGGCUGGGGGAUCAGAUGUUACAAAUCUGGAAACAUAUACGAAGGUCAGUGGGAGAACAGUAUGCGCCACGGGGAAGGCAGGAUGCGAUGGCUGACAAGGAACGAAGAGUACACGGGCCAGUGGGAGAAGGGGGUGCAGAAUGGCUUUGGGACACACACCUGGUUCCUCAAGAGAAUCGCCUACUCCCAGUAUCCUUUGAGAAAUGAAUACGUGGGCGAGUUUGUGAACGGAUGUCGUCACGGCCGUGGGAAGUUCUACUAUGCCAGUGGAGCCACAUAUGAGGGAGAAUGGGUUUCCAAUCAAAAACACGGCAUGGGUCGUUUAACUUUCAAGAAUGGGCGGGUGUACGAUGGCCUGUUUUCCGGUGACCACAUAGUGGCGUUUCCCAGUCUUGAAGGUGAAUUGAUGAGCUGCCCGGACACGACUUCGGAAUAUGUCCCCAGGGACCAGUCCUGCGGCUCUUCCAUCAGUGCUGAAAUCGUCCGGAAGCUGGAUGGCAGUGAAAGUCAUUCCGUGUUGGGCUCGAGCAUUGAGCUGGACCUCAGUUUGCUGUUGAAAAUGUACCCCGAGAAAGACCAACCAGAAGAAAAGAAGCAGGUAGAAUACGCCGUCCUAAGGAACGUCACAGAGCUGAGACGGAUCUACAGCUUCUACAGCAGCCUGGGGUGUGAUCCUUCUCUGGACAACACCUUUCUGAUGACAAAGCUUCACUUCUGGAGGUUCCUAAAAGACUGCAAACUGCAUCACCACAAAAUAACCCUUGCCGAUAUGGACAGGGUGCUGGGCGCCAACAACGACAUACCCGUUGAAGACAUUCACUCUCCAUUCACGACAAUACUUCUGAGGACAUUUUUGACUUACAUCCUGCAGCUGGCCCACCACAUCCAUCACAGAGAAUUCCAAAACAGAAGCCCGUCGCUGUUUUUGUGUUUUACGAAACUCAUGACGGAGAACAUUCAUCCCAACGCCUGCCGUGUGAGAGGCAGUUUAUUCUGUGGGGCACAGCGGACGCUCUGUUCUUUGAACUAUGCUGACAGAUGCUGGGAGAUCUACACGCUUUACUGCAGACCACGUGCAGCCCCGCCCCAUGAGCUCACGAUGAAGAUGAGACACUUCCUCUGGAUGCUGAAGACCUUCAAAAUGAUAAAUAAGAAAUUAACGGCAACCAAAUUCGUGGAGGUCCUAGCAGAGGAUAAUCCUUUCAUGCACGACGGAAUUGACAGCAGCUUUGAACUUGAGCUGGUUUUCCUGGAAUUCUUUGAAGCUCUGUUAAGCUUCGCAUUCAUCAUUGUGGCUGACCAAGCAUCUAAAUCCUGUGUCAGUUCUCCAAAUGAUGACCUGCCUGGAAACAAACUUGGAAGCACUUACCUAAUGGAAAAUCAGAACACCCAGAACCGGAGUCCAAGUGCCGUGACGAGCCAGGAUUCCGACAUUCAACUCAGCAGCACCAAGUCCUCGUCCAGCCAGUUAGGACGCCUGCUUGAUAUCAGCAAAAUGCGGCAAUCGGAGCCCAAGAUCAAGAAGUCUCUAAGUGAUGGAAGAACGUCCAAAAUGAAUUUUAAAUCUCUAGGAAAAGGGCUAACCUUUCUUUUAUCUCAAAAUGAAAAAAAAGAAAAAUCCAAGGAUGAAGAGAAGGAAAAACUCCACACAUGGAUCAAUACUCUGUACGUCUUUUUUGUGAACACUCUCUUCCAAGCACAUAAACGUGAAGAAGCCCUCAAGGAGAAAGUCAAGGCAAACCGGCUGCAUGCCGAGGCCGUGGCCCAACAGAAGAAAAUGGAAAACGAUGAGCUGGAAGCGAGGCUGAACAGCUUGAGGGAGGAAGAGGCCAAAAGACAAGGCUACGGGUCCGACAUCACUGUGAUCAAGGAACCAGUGGACGCCCCCUCCUCAAAUUUCGCACCCACCCCUCCCAAAGAGGACCCAGUGGCGUCCCAGCCCAGCAAACCCAUGUCAAGCAAGAAAAAGAAGAAGUAGCUGCCACUGGGCUCGUAAAGGAGCCAGAGGGACAAGCAGCUGUGGAAGGAGCUGAGCGGCAAGGCCCUGUGACAGGUGUCCUCGUUGGUAAAACAGCGUCUUGCUUCUUGUCUUAGGGUUCUGAAACUACUACUCCCCGGGCCCACUGUGCUUUGGGCUUCUUAUGUGGUUGGAUCACCGAAACGCCUGUUUUGACAACCGAGCUGAAUGAAAAUCCACAUUAUGUGGGCAUUAAAUGAG